AUGACGUUAAGAAAGUCAUUUCUUCGGAAAGUUCAAAAGCGUCGACCGAUACACGCCCGAAGCUCUCAUAUCUCAACUCAUUGUUUUCAAUAUCACAAAAGCUUUAUAGUCUUUUCUUUUCUAAUUUAUUUUCUCUCUUUCUUUUUUUGCCAUUUCUUUCUUUCUUUAUAUUCACAUCACUUCUUUCUUAUUUCUUUAUAUUCACAUCACUUCUUUCUUUCGUUCUUUCUUUAUAUUCACAUCACUUCUUUCUUUCUUUCUUUCUUUAUAUUCACAUCACUUCUUUCUUUCUUUCUUUCUUUCUUUCUUUCUUUAUAUUCACAUCACUUCUUUCUUUCUUUCUUUCUUUAUAUUCACAUCACUUCUUUCUUUCUUUCUUUCUUUCUUUAUAUUCACAUCACUUCUUUUCUUUCUUUUCUUUUCUUUCUUUCUUUAUAUUCACAUCACUUCUUUUUUUUUCUUUCUUUCUUUCUUUCUUUAUAUUCACAUCACUUCUUUCUUUCUUUCUUUCUUUCUUUCUUUCUUUAUAUUCACAUCACUUCUUUCUUUCUUUCUUUCUUUAUAUUCACAUCACUUCUUUCUUUCUUUCUUUCUUUCUUUCUUUAUAUUCACAUCACUUCUUUCUUUAUUUCUUUCUUUCUUUCUUUAUAUUCACAUCACUUCUUUCUUUCUUUCUUUCUUUCUUUAUAUUCACAUCACUUCUUUCUUUCUUUCUUUCUUUAUAUUCACAUCACUUCUUUCUUUCUUUCUUUCUUUCUUUCUUUCUUUAUAUUCACAUCACUUCUUUCUUUCUUUCUUUCUUUAUAUUCACAUCACUUCUUUCUUUCUUUCUUUCUUUAUAUUCACAUCACUUCUUUCUUUCUUUCUUUAUAUUCACAUCACUUCUUUCUUUCUUUCUUUCUUUCUUUAUAUUCACAUCACUUCUUUCUUUCUUUCUUUCUUUCUUUAUAUUCACAUCACUUCUUUCUUUCUUUCUUUUCUUUCUUUCUUUUUUAUAUUCAUCAAUUCUUUCUUUUUUUUCUUUCUUUAUAUUCACAUCACUUCUUUCUUUCUUUCUUUAUAUUCACAUCACUUCUUUCUUUCUUUCUUUCUUUCUUUAUAUUCACAUCACUUUUUUUUCUUUCUUUCUUUUCUUUCUUUAUAUUCACAUCACUUUUUCUUUCUUUUCUUUCUUUCUUUUCUAUUCACAUCACUUCUUUUCUUUCUUUUCUUUCUUUAUAUUCACAUCACUUCUUUCCUUCUUUCUUUCUUUCUUUCUUUCUUUCUUUCUUUCUUUGCCCUUUCUUUCUUUCUUUUUACAGCACACACUUUUCUUCACUCUCUCAUUCUUCUUUCUUACUUUUUUAUUUUCUUUCUUUUUACAGUAUAAACUUUUCUUUUCUCACUAAUUUACUCUUCGUUUUUAUCGCUUUCUUUCUUUGCACUCUCUUUCUCUCUUUCUUUCUUUCAUUCUUUCUUUAUUUCUUUGCCCUUACAUUCUUUCCUUUUACAGCAUACUCUUUUCUUCUCUCUCUCAUUUACUUUAUUCUUUCUUUCUUUUUCUUUCUUUCUUUUUACAUUACACUCUUUUCUUUUCUCUCUCAUUUACCCCCUUCCUUCAUUCUUUUCUUUCUUUCUUUCUUUCUUUUUACAGUACACUCUUUUCUUUUCUCUCUUGUUUGUUUGUUUCUUUCUUUUUUUCUUUUAUUUACUCCCUUUCUUCCUUUCUUUCUUUCUUUCUUUCUUUCUUUCUUUCUUUCUUUCUUUCUUUCUUUCUUUCUACUCACUCUUUCUUUUACUCCCCUUCCUUCUUUCUUUCUAUAUGCACAUAGAGAAUCUUUAAUCAAAACCUUUUCUUUCAGUAGACCAUUCCUGAGAAGAAAGCAAAAGUAG